UGGUACGUACAAUCUACGAAAUUUAUAAAUCCAUGUAUUGAUAAAACGUCAAUGACUUCGACCGUGCACACCUCAUAGCUUCUAUUCCCUUUAAUCGUCGAACGGUCGGAAGAACAAGGAAGAUCACAUAUUUAGAGAACAAUGAUGUAGAAAAUUCACCAGCGUAGUACAUAGACACGAUGGACAGGCUGACGUAGGAUGUAAAAUCUCGGAAUAAUUCAUUGUUCCUUGACAUCAGGAUCUUCUUGGUGAUCGAAUCGAGCUCGAUAAACUCGACACGAUGCCCAAGCAAGUGCCAGUGGAGAAUUUGGUGAUCCCGCCGCAGGACGGUCGGAUAUGCGGGACGAUUUGCAUCUGCCAGAUGACGGCGGUGUUAUCCUUCGUCGCUCUGGUUUAUCUGACCGUGGCGAUUUACAUGCCGAGCACGCGAGCGUUUCAAUCUGGUAUCAGCGAGAUACCAGUGAUGUGCACGACAAUACGCGCGGUCAACGCGGAUAAUUGUGAAUGGGGCAGCUGUGGAGAGUGGUGUCUGUCGAAAACAUCCGGCCCUUGCGUCCAGAUUCAUGUAAAUCUCCGCAGAAACGGCUCGGCGAUCAUAUUAGCGAACUGUACCAAUACCACGAACAAGACCUGUUACGGUAUCGAUCAGGAAAACGCGAAGAAAUCGAAAUGCAUCGCGGACGAGUGUCGCAAUCUCACCGGUACGUUCAACUGUACGUCUGGUGUAUGCAUUAAUAUCACAGACGCGUUCGAGUGUAUAUUCCACGACACGGAUCCACCGAUGAAAUGUUCCGGUAGACGCGGUAAGAUAACCUGCAUAGACAUAGACGGUCUAUUUAAUUGUAACCGUGGAACCUGUGAACGUAUUAGAACACCCUACAACUGCGACCGUAGGUGCGUCGAUAUCCCGACCAGGAACAAAAAUAUGAUUUUAUUGAGCGGCGAUAAGGUUUAUCUGAGUCAAUGCGAGAGAGCUAUAGACGUCGAGACGAAUCGGGAAAUCUGGCACGAGGAUCGUGGUGACGUCAUGAUGGCGUCCUGUUAUGGAAUAUUCAACUCCACCUUGGGCGUCGAAGCUGUUGAUUGUAUCAAUGGAUCCGUUCUAGAGAAAGAUCUUCUCUCUGAUCUGACGAAUUUCACCUAUCUAUCAUAUCUCAACAUAUUCGCGACAAAACCACUGGAUGAAACCAGAAUGGUUGCUCCACCAGAACAAGAUCUUAUCAUCGCUAACGAAAGUCGUCUGCUAAUUAAUCUCGAGGGUUGCGUCAAUACUCUACGCGAGGAAUGUAAAGAAUUCCUUCACGUAUAUGGGAAGGAUGGUUCUGAUCAUAACGCACGCGCUAGAUUUCCAUGUUAUUACGCUGAGGGUGACACUGGAAUCGUUGUAUCCCGAUUUAACCUGGAAAGCACUUACAAGGAGUUUCUAAUCUCGUUGGUGUUUCCCAGUGUACUGUUCGUCAUCAGUUGUCUGACGUUGAUCUUUUGUCAGAGGACCGUGGUGGUCGGAGAUGAUGCCAAGAUGAGAUUUAAAGGCACAGUUGGUGCCGGCCUCACGUCGAUAGAGAAGAGCGCUUCGGGUAACCUAGGGGAUGCUGGCGGAGGAAACUCUGCUAUGGCGCUCUGAGAUCCGUCACGCAUUCCCCUCCUGGAGGAGAGUCCGGCUCGUCAGUCGAUAUUCUCCCUGCGCGGGCAUUAUUAAGGUGUAGGGAGGGGGGGAACGCGUGGUUGAAAUUCUCAUCUUGCAAAAAAAAACAAAAACUACAAAACAAAAUAUACAAAUACUUCUGCAGAAAGCGCAAACUAUCUUUGAAAAACAAGCAAAAAUAUACAAAGAGAGAGAGAGAGAGAGAAAGCAAGCGGUCAAGAACAAGUACCAAAAAAAAGCAAACAAGAUUUUUCCUACUUGCACUGCCUGCACACUAAAAACAAAGAAAGGAACACUUUUGAGAGUUCACGUGCUUUUUUCAAAUAUUCGCGUCACUGCACGCAUGCAUGAGCGCGGAUGAAUCGCUUUGAGAAGUUCAUACGACCGGAUGCGCGAUAUAGCUCUCGCCUGUCUCUCUUCUGCUGACAAGGAAGAAGAAGAAUCCUGAAUUUGGACUCGACCAAUUCAUUUUUCGGAUACGACGGGAAAACGUAACUAGAAAAAAAAAAAAAAAUAAAUAGAAGGAAAAAGCAGACAAUUCGGCGUCUUUUACACGUGACACAACAUUCGUCGGUAGCUUUUAAGUGUCCCCCUUCUGAUUGAUUCGCCGUGACAGUAGAUAAGAACCAUUUAUUACAUAUAGCUCUACGUAUCAAGGCUAAGCAAUUCUUAUUGUAAUCACACUAACACCACGAAACCACAUUCAGAACCGAAGGACGUACCUUGCUGGUAAAUGAUCGAUCGAUCCCUGCACAGCUGGCAACAAGCCCACAGAGAAACAUUUGACAAACUCGUUGCUUAACGCAUCUUUUGAAUGUAUUCGAUGCUUCUCGUAUAAUCGGUAGAAUAAUAAUAAG